CUCUUAUUCAAAAUGCAAGGUUUCAAUUUUCAGCGAUACAGAAAGUCAUUAAGGUUUUGUUUAAGUCAAAACGUCCGCCAAAAAAUUAAGGACAAAAAUUUCGAACUCUAACUGAUUCCAUGCAAACUAUACCCAGAAUCGGUCUAUUUCCACAGAGUUCUACCCGCAAUUAAUCGGCCAAAGUCGUUGACUGAUAGUCAACGAUUUUUUGGCCCGACUUGGGGAAAAAAUCGGCAUUUCUGACUAUUCGCGAUUAUUCACGAUUAAUCGCGACUCAAUGCCGACUUUUGCUUCUUUGCUCUAAACUUUAAUUAUACAGUUUUACCAUUGUGGCUAUUGUUCUUAUACUCAAUGCAACAGGAGGCUGAGCAAAAACUGAUUCAGGAAAACAGAAUAUCAUAGAGAUAUUCAUCCAAAGAUAAGUUCGAGUAGAGUUGAGCUAGAGUGAGGAUAUGGAGGCAGUAAAUAUUACAAGUUUAGGUUCAAUGCUUCCAAUAAAGCUCUUUAUGGCACCUCAGUCUAUAUCAGGCCAGAAAAGUCAUAACAUAAGGUGCGCUUCCAACCGAGAAGACAAUGUUGUAACGCUGUUAGACUAUGGAGCCGGCAAUGUCAGAAGCGUUAGGAAUGCAAUUCGGCUUCUGAACUUCAAUAUCCAGGAUGUUAAAAAGCCAGAGGAUAUACUUGAAGCAAAGAGACUUGUCUUCCCUGGAGUUGGAGCUUUUGCAGCGGCCAUGGACAUACUCAAUAAAACUGGGAUGGCUGAAGCCUUGCGUGAAUACAUUAAAAAUGAUCGUCCCUUUUUAGGCAUCUGUCUUGGUCUACAACUACUUUUUGAGUACAGUGAGGAGAAUGGACCUGUUAAAGGUCUUGGUGUAAUACCUGGGGCAGUUGGUCGUUUUGAUUCUUCAACUGGAUUGAGGGUCCCCCAUAUUGGCUGGAAUGCACUGCAGAUUCAAAAAUCAUCUGCGAUUUUAGAAGGCGUCCAAGGCCAUCAUGUUUAUUUUGUGCACUCAUAUCGUGCGAUGCCUUCAAAUGAUAACAAUGAAUGGGUGUCUGCUACUUGCAACUAUGGUGGAGGAUUCAUUGCUGCAGUAGAAAAGGGAAAUGUGCAUGCUGUACAAUUUCAUCCAGAAAAAAGUAGCAAUGUAGGACUUGACAUCUUAAAGGGUUUUUUGACUGGAAAUAGGUCUGAUUCAGUGAAGAGUUCUGAUCUUGCAGAAAAUCAACCUUUGAAGCAUGCUUCUACUCUUGCUAAGCGGGUGAUUGCAUGUCUUGAUGUGAGGGCAAACAACAAAGGAGAUCUUGUUGUCACCAAAGGAGACCAGUAUGAUGUGAGAGAACACAGUGAAGAACGUGAGGUACGGAAUCUUGGGAAACCAGUUGAGCUUGCAGGACAAUAUUACAAAGAUGGAGCGGAUGAGGUGACCUUUUUAAAUAUAACAGGUUUCCGUGACUUUCCAUUGGGAGAUUUGCCGAUGCUUGAGGUAUUGCGCAGGACAUCUGAGAAUGUGUUUGUUCCACUUACUAUUGGAGGAGGAAUCCGUGACUUUACAGAUAAAGAUGGAAGGUAUUAUUCAAGUCUUGAAGUUGCAUCUGAGUACUUCAGAUCAGGAGCUGAUAAGAUAUCUAUUGGAAGUGAUGCAGUCUAUGCAGCUGAAGAAUAUAUCAAGACAGGGGUAAAAAUGGGAACGACCAGCUUGGAGCAAAUUUCAUACGUGUAUGGCAAUCAGGCUGUUGUUGUGAGCAUUGAUCCUCGUAGAGUUUACCUUAAUAGUCCUAAAGAUGUACCAUUCAAGACGGUUGAACUCACUCAUCCAGGACCGAAAGGAGAAAAAUAUGCAUGGUACCAAUGCACGGUUAAUGGUGGCAGGGAAGGCAGGCCUAUUGGAGCAUAUGAGCUUGCAAAAGCAGUUGAAGACUUAGGAGCCGGGGAAAUCCUACUCAAUUGCAUAGAUUGUGAUGGGCAGGGACAAGGAUUUGAUAUAGAUCUGGUCAAGCUGAUUUCAGAAGCUGUUAAUAUCCCUGUAAUUGCCAGUAGUGGUGCUGGUGCAGUGGAACAUUUUUCUGCAGUCUUUAAACAGACAUCUACCUCUGCUGCUCUUGCAGCUGGUAUUUUUCAUCGGAGGGAGGUACCAAUCAUGGCUGUCAAAGAGCAUUUAAGAAUUCAAGGCACAGAAGUUAGGAUAUGAACCCGUACCAGAUAAAAUCCUGUAUUGGAGUAGAAAGAUUUUCAAUAUGAUCUUUGACACAUAAUUGAUCUCAGAAUAAUUUUAUUUGAAAAGAGAGCCUACUUCAGGACAAGGCAUUUUACUGAUUGCACUAUCUAGCGACGCGAACAGCAGAUGGAUGCUAGAUAGGGAUGUAGGCAGCAAAGGAGGGAUGAAGCUAACUAAGAAAUAGCAGCAGGUUCAAUUUGAUGUUAUUUACAGGUUCCAUUCAAUUUAUUGCAUGAUAAAUGUAUUACUGCACUAGAAGAAAUGAGAGAUCCCUCAAGUUUUCAUUGUGGAGAGGGCAUUAAGGUGCCAUGAUGAGAUUGGUUUUGGUUUUUUACAAUUAUGCUGGUAUUCUUAGUGAACAACUAUGCAGGGGUCAUCAAGGUCGGAUAUAUUUAUUGGGAAAUAGCUUCAUUUUAGAAGGAUUAAUUAGGAUUCAUUUAUGGUGUAUGGAUUGAAUUACAAAGGGUUCCAAUGUCUUCAACAUUAUUGUCAUUAGAGAUAGUUCCCACUUUUUAUUCUAAAGAAAGUUAAAUUUCAUUGGA